CAGAAAACAGCGGUGUUACGAUCUGUUAUAACGUUCACGUGGUGUCAACAGCUACAUAGUAAUAUUUCAUGGGAGAUUUUGCACCAGCACGUGCACUGACAACGUUGUCAGCGGUUGGUAUCACCUGAUCUCUUACCACACAAUGUCCCAUUUGUCUUUCGAAGUCAAGAUCGGACGUUCAGAUCAAUGCUGCUGUCUGGAUCUGUGUGUUUCAGCAAAGAUGAUUCAGGGCUUAAGGUCCAUAUUCAGAACAGGACGCACCAGGAGUUUAAAGUGGCGUUUAGCCCAGCUUAAUUCCUUGAUCAAACUGCUUGAUGAAAAUGGAGAGAAAAUUUGCCAGGCUCUCUUUGAAGACCUUCAUAAGCACAAUAUGGAGUCAUAUGUGAUGGAAAUAAACAUGUGCAAAAAUGAUGCAGUAUUCAACAUAAACAACUUGAGAAGUUGGAUGCAGCCACAGCAGGUUCCCAAAGGGCUUUUAAACAAAAUGGAUGAUGCUUACAUCCGUUACGAACCCUAUGGAACUGCUCUGAUUAUAGGGGCUUGGAACUAUCCAAUACAGGUCACCUUACUGCCCCUAAUUGGAGCAAUCGCUGCUGGCAACUGUGUUGUGCUCAAGCCAUCAGAACUUGCCCCCAAAGUAGCCACAUUGCUGGAGGAGCUGAUACCAAAAUAUUUAGACCAAGAAUGCAUCAAAGUUGUAAAUGGUGGGAUCCCAGAGACAACACUUUUGCUGGAGCAACGUUUUGACAUUAUUUUUUACACCGGUAACACUACUGUUGGGCGUAUUGUUAUGGCUGCUGCAUCAAAGUAUGUCACUCCUGUAGUUCUGGAGCUGGGGGGCAAAAGCCCAGUUUUCAUAGAUGGAAAUGCUGACAUGAAUGUUGUUGCAAGAAGAAUAGCAUGGGGCAAGUUCUGUAAUGCAGGGCAGACAUGCAUAGCACCUGACUAUGUUAUGUGCACAGUUGAAACUCAGGAGAAGCUGCUUGAUAAGAUGAAGGUUGUACUGGAAGAAUUUUAUACAACCAAUGCCCAGACAUCAGAGAGCUUUGGGCGGAUAAUUAAUGCCAGACAUUUUCAACGAGUGUAUAAAUUGAUGGAGGGUGCGAACAUUGCAAUUGGUGGUCAGACAGAUGAGAGUGACCUCUUCAUAGCCCCUACUGUGCUGAGAGACGUCAAACUCACAGACCCAGUCAUGCAAGAGGAGAUAUUUGGUCCCUUGUUGCCAAUAGUGCCUGUGAGGGAUCACCAAGAGGCCAUUGAAAUUAUUAAUGACAGGGAAAAACCUCUUGCGAUGUACAUUUUCUCCACUGACAAAGGAUUGGUCCGUACCAUCAAAGAGAGCACCAGCAGUGGGGGGUUUUGUGUUAAUGACACUCUCAUACAUGCAGCAGUUCCAACCUUGCCAUUUGGUGGUGUUGGCAAUAGUGGAAUGGGGGCUUACCAUGGCAAAUUCACAUUUGAUACCUUCAGUCAUAAGCGAGGUUGCCUGGAAAAAAGCCUGGGUUUGGAGUCUUUCAACAGCCUGAGGUAUCCUCCCUACAAUGAAAAGAAACUGGGCUGGCUUCAGUGGAUUCUUGUUCAGAAACCUCGGCGCACUGGACUUCUGGGAUUCUUCCCUUUUGUGGUUCUUGGCGUUUUUCUGGCAGUGUUCUUUAAGGAUCCAAUACACAAGAAAUAUAGUCUUUAAACCAAACAGAACGGUGCUAAUAGAUCAUAGGAGCCUGAGCAAAGAAACUUCAAAUGUCUGCCUUGUGUCUGGAACAUUUCAGUUCUCUUUGAGACCAAAAGGACUGGAACUGUUAUAAUUCCCAGUGAAAUAUUUGUGAACCAUAAGUGUUUAUUAUGCAAUGUUUUGGAUAAAAGGCUAAACAAAUAUGGUGUUUAACUUGCACACAUUUAAAAAUAAGGGGAAUCUGUAGUAAUUUUACAUUUUUGCACAAUGACAAAGUUUGUUUUCUUGAAGUUUUAAAUGUUUCUUACUAUACACUAUUUGCAUGGUGUUGCAUAUUUUUUCUGAUCUCAUGUGUCAGUCUGUCCUUUGUGUAGCUGAUGACUACUGAAAGGAACAUUGUUGAUGGCUGAUUUAAGCCUAAAUGUUCUUUUCUUCAUAAUCAUUAUAAAAAUGUUUACAGCCAAGAUAUAAGUAUUUGUUUAGCGGAUCAGUUUUGUAUUACUGUAAUUUUCAAUUUUGAUUAGUUUUGCUUUGAUAGCUAUGGUUACUGUACAAAAAGAGAAAAGAUUACUUUGUGAUAAACUGUGGGCAUCGCUUCUUUAGGGUUGAAACUGAUGUAUGUUUCACAUAUAAGUAAACAAAGAUUAUAUAUU